GGCCGCCCGGAGCGCGGGCUGGAGCGGGUGGCCCGCGGCUCUCCAGCAUAAAGGGACCAGAGCGAUUGUAAGCCUCCAGGUCGCUGUACUUGGAGUCAUGGCAGUGCCCUUUGUGGAAGACUGGGAUUUGGUGCAAACUUUGGGAGAAGGUGCCUACGGAGAAGUUCAACUUGCCGUGAAUAGAAUAACUGAAGAAGCCGUUGCAGUGAAAAUUGUAGACAUGAAGCGGGCCAUAGACUGUCCAGAAAAUAUUAAGAAAGAGAUCUGCAUUAAUAAGAUGUUAAACCAUGAGAAUGUAGUGAAAUUCUAUGGCCACAGGAGGGAAGGCAAUAUCCAGUAUCUGUUUCUGGAAUACUGUAGUGGAGGAGAACUUUUUGAUAGAAUAGAGCCAGACAUAGGGAUGCCUGAACAAGAUGCUCAGAGGUUCUUCCACCAACUCAUGGCAGGGGUGGUUUAUCUUCAUGGAAUUGGAAUAACUCACAGGGAUAUUAAACCAGAAAACCUCCUCUUGGAUGAAAGGGAUAACCUCAAAAUCUCUGACUUUGGCUUGGCAACGGUGUUUCGGCAUAAUAAUCGUGAACGGUUACUGAACAAGAUGUGUGGGACUUUACCUUAUGUUGCUCCAGAGCUUCUGAAGAGAAAAGAAUUUCAUGCAGAACCAGUUGAUGUUUGGUCCUGUGGAAUUGUACUUACUGCAAUGCUGGCUGGAGAAUUGCCAUGGGACCAGCCCAGUGAUAGCUGUCAGGAAUAUUCUGACUGGAAAGAAAAAAAAACCUAUCUCAAUCCUUGGAAAAAAAUUGAUUCUGCUCCUCUGGCUUUGCUUCAUAAAAUUCUAGUUGAGAACCCAUCAGCAAGGAUCACCAUCCCAGAUAUUAAAAAAGAUAGAUGGUACAACAAACCACUUAACAGAGGAGCAAAGAGGCCACGCGCUACCUCAGGUGGUAUGUCAGAGUCUUCUAGUGGAUUUUCUAAGCACAUUCAUUCCAAUUUGGACUUUGCUCCAGUAAAUAGUGGUUCCAGUGAAGAAAAUGUGAAGUUCUCUAGUUCGCAGCCAGAGCCGAGGACAGGGCUUUCCUUGUGGGACACUGGUCCCUCAAAUGUGGACAAACUGGUACAGGGCAUCAGUUUUUCCCAGCCUACGUGUCCUGACCAUAUGCUUGUAAACAGUCAGUUACUUGGUACCCCUGGAUCUUCACAGAACCCCUGGCAGCGCUUGGUCAAAAGGAUGACACGAUUCUUUACUAAAUUGGACGCAGACAAAUCUUACCAAUGCCUGAAAGAGACCUUCGAGAAGUUGGGCUAUCAGUGGAAGAAGAGUUGUAUGAAUCAGGUUACUGUAUCAACAACUGAUAGAAGAAACAAUAAGUUGAUUUUCAAAAUAAAUUUGGUAGAAAUGGAUGAGAAGAUACUUGUUGACUUCCGGCUUUCUAAGGGUGAUGGGUUAGAGUUCAAGAGACACUUCCUGAAGAUUAAAGGGAAGCUCAGUGACAUCGUGAGCAGCCAGAAGGUUUGGUUUCCUGUUACAUGAUGAAGCUCUCAGCUCUGCACAUUCCUGGCGAAAAGAGCGCUGCUAUGUGAUAUUUUUCUUCCUAGAGAAGAUUAUCCUAGUCUGCAAACUGCAAACAACAGUUGUUGAAGAGUUCUCUUCUCAUUACCCAAACAUCUUCUAAUUCUUAGUGUUUUGCAUACAAAUACUACUGUAUUUUAAUUGCAUGUAAUACUUUGGGGAAAGGAUGGAUCAAAUUCAUUAGGUAUUUCUCCAGCUGUGUUUUAAAUUGUCUGGAUUUGAAACCAAGUUUUGGGAUACUUGAGUUUGCCAGCUUUUAUUACCAAUGUAGUAGUAUCACUUUUGAAAAAUCAAAAGUUUGUUUCAUCCCAAGCAAAAUAUUUUCUUCCCUGCCUAUUUAAUUGUAAAGAUGAAUAAUAAAUAGACCAUGUACAGUUGAUUGGUUCUCAAAUGAGGGCAGCCACAGAAAGUAUAUUUUAAUGUAUGUGCUAUAUUUUCAGUUUGGGUAUAUGUGCCACACAAGGACUUGACCAAUUAUAAAACUUUUUGAGUUAUAAUGCUUAAAAUUGCGAGUUUUCCCCGGUAUAGCUAGGCGGAUAUAAAGCCUGGUUUGGUUGGAUUUUCACGAAAUUGAACAUAAGCUCUAGUGCUUAAGUGAUUUUACUCUAAAAAUUAUACACUUAAAACAAUUUUCUUUUCUACAUUCACAGCCACAUUUUAACUACUUUAGAAAUGAUCUCUAUUUUUAAAAUCAAUAUCUAACUCUGAACUUAUUGGCCACCAAGUUUCUAGAUGACACUGACUGAAAAGGCGAAGGGAGUAAGGAAAUGCAGGAGUUAGCCUGAUUCUUGUUCCUCACCUUGUACACUCACUAAAGCUUUGUUUUGUUCAUAAAAUUUAUAUUAAAAUAUGAAUAUAUGAUUGGGGUCCUGUUUUCCUUUUUGUAGAUAAAAAUUCCAACAUUAGUCUGAAGCCAAGAACAUUUAACAUUUUAUGGCUAAACUAUUAUGUGUUAGUGAAUGCCGUGCUCGCCCACUUAACCUCUCCCAUCCCAUCCUCAGAAGUUAACCUUGACCCUACUCUAUUCGGUCUCCUGCUUCCCACUUGUGGUCCCACUGCGGUUAAAGUCAGCCAUCUUGCUAAAAACGUUACUUGUUUAUUGGUAGUUUCUUUUCUGGGAAAGUGGUCAGAAUGGUCAUUGUAGAGUGUGAGUGAGACCCCUGCUCCAGGUCCAGUGUUUAUGACUUUGCAUCACAUUCAGAAUCCCGUGUCUCAUCUGCGCCAUACAGUUUAAUGUCAUUGUCUUCCUUAUCUGAUGGUGCAGUGCAGUACUGUGUCCGAGCCAGUAUCUGCCAAGUCAUGACUGCUUCCUGCCAUCAUUUGGCACACCCUCACUGUAUUGCUUUGGUCUCCAUGAUUUGAAUAUUCUUGUACUUCAUGUAAGUAGAAUUGUAUAUUUGUCUCUUAGUGUUUGGCUUACUUCAUACAACUGUUUUCAGGAUUUAUCUGUGUUAUAUCAAGUUUCAUUCCUUUUGGUGACUAAUACUCCAUUUUAUGUGUGUGUGUGUGUGUGCACGUGUGUGCACGUGUGUGUGUGUGUGUGUGUGUGUGUGUGUGUAAUCUUUCAUAUCAUCGUGUAUGUUUGGAUUGUUGCCACCUUUUGUCCAUGUAAAUGAUACUGGUGUGAACAUGAAUAUAUAAGUACCUGCUCAAGUCUCUGUUUUUAAUUUUUUGUAUAUAUACCCUAUACCCUA